AUGAGUGCCGUACAACAACAUCAAUCGCCGAUUGUUAGUCCUGAAGUAGCAUCAGCAAUGAAUGCUGCAUUUGCUGAACUUCUUGCUGUUGAACCAGCUGCUGCAGCCGCUGCUCUUCUUAUACAUCAUCAACAAAAUGUUCAUCCUACAACAUUUAAUGAUUUUCUUACUAAUGGAACUACGCAUAAUAAUAAUGAUUUACCAAGAAAUAGUCGACCACCAACACCCUAUACGGUUACUACGCACACAUACAGUGAUUCACCUUCUUCGUCAACUUCAUCAUCAUCUUCGGUAACAACAACAUUACCACGUUAUAAAACUCUUCUUGAUAAAUUUACACCAACUAUACCUUCAUCUUUACCUACAAAUGAACAACGAUCAACAACGAUUACAACUGCUGCUUCUAUAGUAUCGAAUAGCAAUACUCUUAUUCGUAAUUAUUAUGAAAAUUUAUGUAGUAAUUCAUCAACAACAAAUUCAAUAACAUCAUCAACAUCUACAAAUAAUCGAAAAAAACGUUCAAUAUCAAAUGAAUAUGAUUUUUCAUCAGCUAAUUCAACUAAUCAUGAUAAUCUUAAACAAGAUUCAUUAUUACCAUUAAAUAUAACAUCUAAUAUUAAUGAUUUUCGAUCUGUUCAACAACAACAGCAACAAUCACAACAACAAUCAAGACUAUUAUCAUAUUAUCCAACACUUUAUUCUAAUCAACAACAAUAUCAACAACAACCACAAACAAUAACAACAACACCACCAACAGUACCUCCAACAUAUCCUCGACAACUUUUAUCAUCUCGUAGAUAUCCACUACCAACACCAGUUCCAACAAAUUCCUCAUGUUCAUGUUCUCAUCGAACACCAAAUACAUCAACAGUAAUAACACCAUCAAAUGGAUCUAAUCAAUCAUCAAAUACGUCCAUAUCCCCAUUUCUUGUCUAUCCUCCUAAUCAAACACCUAAUGUUAUACCAACUUUAACAGCAACAACUCAACAAACUGUUGCUCUUGCUGCUGCUGCUGCUAGCGCUGUUGCUCUUGCUUCUCUUCCUCAAGUUUCACCUGUACAACAUCUACAUUUUCAUCAUCAUCAUCAUAAUCAUAAUCCAGCUCAUUUACGUCAUCAAUAUCGUCAACAACUUACAUCUGAAUUACGUCGUCAACGUUUAAGUUCAUUUCAACAUCAAGCAUCAUCAUCAUCAUCAUCAUCAUCAUCAUCAUCAGUUUCAUCAUCGUCGCCAUCACCAACAACGACAACAAUACUUACAGCUAAUCAACAAUUACAUGCUAUACUUACACAUCCAACAACAACAACAACAACAAAUAAUAAUAAUAAUAAUAAUAUUCAUGCUCAUUUAACAAUACAACCUGCAACAUCAUCAACAAGUACAUAUAAUUUAACAUUAGGUUCAAAUAAUCCAAGUAUGCAUGUUGCAAUAAAUACAACAACACAAAAUAAUCAAUGGGCAUCAACACCAUUAUUAUUUCGUCCAUUUCGUAAUCCACUUCUUUUACGUAGUCAUCAUCAUCAUCAUCACCAUCAUCAUCAUCCAUUUUUAAAUAGUGAACGUGCUGAACAUGUUGUAGAAGAAUUAUUACGUAUGGAAGAACAAUUAAAUGGUUUAAAUAAUGGUGGUAAUAUAGGUGCAAAUCAAGAACAUAUUAAUGCUCGAACAUUAUCAUAUAAAUAUGAAAAACGAACGAUAUCUAUUGAUGAAAAAUGUACUAUAUGUCUAUGUGAAUUUGAUCAUAAUGAUGAUGUACGUCGUUUACCAUGUAUGCAUCUAUUUCAUAUUGAAUGUGUAGAUAGAUGGUUAACACAAAGUAAACGAUGUCCAAUAUGUCGUAUCGAUAUUGAUUUUCGAGGAGAUUUUGGCGAUUAUAUGUUUGAUAGAAUUUGGACUUCCAUUUUAUCAUUAUUCGAAUUUUUAUUAAUUGUUUUAAAAACUUUAUCACGUGAUAUUUGUGGCUUAUAUACACUUCUUAAACAUACUUUCAUAAUUAAAUAUAAUAUAUAUCGUCAACGAGAUUUUAUUAAUGUAUUUCGUCAAAAUGUAAAACGUUAUCGAACAAAACCAUGUUUUAUUUUGGAAAAUCAAACUCUUUCAUUUCAACAAGUUGAAGAUUUAACAAAUCAAUUGGCGAAUUAUUUUUCAGCUGAAGGUUUUUCACAUGGUGAUGUUAUUGCACUUAUACUUGAAAAUUCACUUGAAUAUCCAUGUGUAUGGAUUGGUUUAAGUAAAAUUGGUUGUAUAACUGCUUUAAUUAAUACAAAUCUACGUGCUAAACCACUUUUACAUUCAAUUCGAACAGUUAAAACUAAUACUAUUAUUACAUCGAAAGAAAUUUUUUCAGAAAUUGAAUCUGACUUAAAAGAAUUAAAUAUAAAAAAAGUUUAUUUAUUUGAUCCAAAACAAACAACAGCAGAGCAAAUUAAUAAUACUACUGAAUCAAUAUCUUCAUCUUUUGAACUUGUUCCAUUAUAUGAACAAUUAGAAGUAUGUUCAACUGAACCACCUAAUCCAAUUCCAUACGAUAUGAAACAUCCAGUUUUCUAUAUUUUUACAUCGGGAACAACUGGAUUACCUAAAGCAGCAGUUAUUAAACAUUCAAGGUUUUUUCUUGGUGGAUUUGGUUUUCUUUGUGCAACUGGUAUUACAUCUGCAGAUAUAAUGUAUAAUACUCUUCCGCUUUAUCAUUCGCUCGGAGGUUGGAUUGGCAUUACUUACAGUCUUUUAGGUGGUUGUACAACGGUAUUACGUAAAAAAUUUUCAGCUAAAAAUUUUUGGAAAGAUUGUAUCCAAUAUAAAUGCACAGGUUUUUCAUAUGUUGGUGAAUUAUGUCGAUUUUUACUUGCACAGCCACCUAGUGAGUAUGAUCAAAAACAUUCUAUUCGUCUUUGUUCUGGUAAUGGACUUCGACAAAAUUUAUGGAUACCAUUUGUAAAACGAUUUAAUAUACAUCAAAUUUAUGAAUUUUAUGCUGCAACUGAAAGCAAUGCUUAUUUUUUUAAUCUUGACGGUCAUCCAGGAGCUUGCGGUUUUUUUUCUGUACUUAUACCUGGUUUACUUGGUUCUGUUCUUGUUAAAUUUGAUCCUGAAACAAUGGAACCAUUACGUGAUGAAAAAACAAAAUUAUGUGUACGAUGUAAAAGAGGUGAACGUGGUUUAUUAUUAGGUAUGAUUAGAAAAAGUAUGUUAAAUGCAUUUGACGGUUAUGUUAAUAAUCCAUCGGGAACGAAUCGUAAAGUUGUUGAAAAUGUUUAUAAAAUAGGUGAUCGAGCGUUUAAUACAGGCGAUGUCAUUUUUGCUGAUAAAUAUGGAUAUUUUUAUUUUUGUGAUCGUACAGGUGAUACAUUUCGUUGGAAGAGUGAAAAUGUUUCAACAAUUGAAGUUGAAAAUAUUCUUAUGACUGUUCUUAAAAAAAAUGAUAUUGUCGUUUUUGGAGUUGAAGUACCAGGAUUUGAUGGAAAAGCAGGAAUGGCUGUUAUGCUUGAUGAUCCGUCAGUAUCAACUGAUUUGAGUACAAUAGUAAGCGAACUUAAAAAACAAGGAUUACCUCCAUAUGCUCGACCAUGUUUUAUUCGUUUGACAAAAAAUAUUGAAUUAACAGGUACAUUCAAAGUAAAAAAGACAGUUUUUCAAGAAGAAGCAUAUGAUCUAAAUCGUGUGACCGAAUCAAUCUAUUAUUUAAAUCAAGAGAAACAAACUUACGAACGAUUAACACCGGAAAUAUAUGAAUUAAUACUUAAAGAAAAAAUUAAAUUUUAA